AUGCGUCCACAUACCUCCGCGGACGACGUCUUUUCACAGAAAAUCGAGCUGAUCAAAGAGAUCCGCAAACUCUGCGAUGGACCACCCGAAUACAUGUACGCAGACCUGUGGCAGGGCGUCUUCUGGUCCAUGCUAUGGACCCAAGACGCCGGAUUUCUCAAGGACAUCAUCCGCAGACUGGAGAACCCGGCUACGAGGUUCGACUUGAUGGAGCGCGAACUCAUGACUGCCGUAGAUGGUUUCCCCAAGUUGCUCCGUAUCUGCACGGCGGACCCCCGGAUCUGCCACAUCUUCCCCUUCGCGGCCAAAAAGCACUACGAAUCCGUCCGCACUCAGCUGCGAGCCAUCAAACUAUUCCUGGGACCUCAAGUCUUUAGAAGUCUCGUCCAUAAGCUCGGCAUUCCCAACAACGAGAUCGACAGCCUCGCCAACGUCCUGUCUUUGAAUGCCCAGUUGCACAAGUAUUGGGUCGACGGGCGCUUUGCGCUGGAACCGCUCGGCGCACCGACGUUGGAAGAGCUCCCGGAGGAUCACCCAGAUUACGAAAACGAAGAAGACCCCGAGAAGGACGAAACCCGAGCGUCAAAGAGACAGAAAAGACGGCCGCAGAAGCGGUGGUAUCUGAAGUUGCGAUUCGAGUGGAUGAGGCAGACGGACUUGGCCAAUGCCCAAGAGGAAAUGGAUUUCGACACCGACCCUAGGAAGCACUGGAAAGAAACCGGGAACGUUUGUUACGACCACUACAAUGUGAAGACUGCUCGUCCCAUAGAAAAUGGGCACAUCGUCGAGAUCUUUGCGAACGAAAGCCUGGCCAAGGUCUUCGGGCGCACGUGA